CGCGCUUUACAACCAUAGUGUAACGUCAAGUACGCAUAUAAUUAAUGUCAAUGUCAGUGAACUUUGCGUCAUCUGUCAAUGUAACUUGUUACACAAAAAUAUGCAAUAUCAUUCACUUCUUCAAAUAAAACCUUCGCUGAGGUCACGUUUUUUAUUAACUCAAACCUGCAUCAAGAACUAGGGUCUGCCUAUCGGGCCCUAUGGUGUGUCCAAUCUAAGGAUUGAACAUAUUUUGGCGACCGUGACAGGACUCUUCAACAGAAGAGAGAGUGCCAUCAGCGAAGAAGAGACGCAGCGCUUAUCGUCGCCCGGCCAAUACAAGAUCGCGGCAGCCAUCCACGUGUCGGACGAUUCAAGAUAAGUGCCCGUACAUCACACCCAUACAACACAAUCACUUUCACCUUCAUCCAAUCAUCCAUCCAUUUCAUUCAUCCAUCUAUAUCCAUAAUCAUCCAAGGAUCAUACACUAUUUUUAUAGUACUCCACUACGCAUGUUUCACAUCACUCAUUUAAAUUUGCAUAUCACUCAUUACAUUUAUACAUUAAUCACACUCUUACGUUACCAUAAUUUUAUAGCUCAUACAACAUAAUUAGUACACGCGCGCAAUUUAGGACAGUAAAUUUGUGACUGGAGACCGAUUCGCCGAUGCAACGCGAGCGCAUCGUUGACUCAUUAGUUCGUUGCAUUGCACGGGCGUAAGCAAAAUUGUUAUCGCGAUUCUUUGUUUUAAAAUUACUCAACCACCGUCACAUUUUUAGUUUUUGGUAAUUCCUGCAAUUUAAGAUGUCUAACCUUAAAGAAUUGAUUAUAAAACGUAGUAGCGUGAAGGGGCGCGUGACUAAGUUUAAAAACUACAUCUCAAAAUUCAGCAAAUCAUCCAGUUUAGACUCUUUACAGAUAGGUGAAUUAAAGAUAAAAAUAAACAAAUUCGAAUGUUUAUCUAGCGAAUUCAGUGAGUUGCAAGGUCAGAUCGAGACGUUAAACGCUGACGAGCUAGAAGACGAACUCGAUAUUCGGGAAGAGCUCGAGAAUGAAAUAGAUUCUGCCAUGUCACUCGCACAAGACAUACUAACUCGGUUCUCGAAAAACUUUAACUUUGAAGAUGCUCACAGCAGCUCCACGCAUCAAGGGUGCGGCGGAAAUUCUCAGGGAUUAGGUUUUAAACUCCCUUUAAUCCAGGUUCCUCGUUUUGAUGGUUCGGCAUCCCGUUGGAUGCAAUUCAAAGAAAUGUUUUCCUCUCUUAUUAAUGAAAAUUCAAACAUAUUACCAAUAUACAAGUUUCAUUAUUUAGUUUCUUAUUUAGAGGGAGAUGCCGCGCGUGUCGUAAGCAACCUUGAAGUUUGCGCCUUAAAUUAUAACAAGGCCUGGAGUUUAUUAUGCGAGCGAUAUGACAACAAAAGGCAAUUAAUUAAUAGCCACCUCAACGCCUUAUUCAGCAUCGAACCACUGACUCGCGAAUCAGAACAAGCAUUGCGUUCUUUAAUUGAUGGUGUUAGCAAAAAUUUACGCGCUUUGUCCAGUUUAGGGCAACCCACCGAUCAGUGGGACACGUUAAUUAUUUACAUGGCUAGCUCAAAAUUAGAUAAUCAAACCAGUAUGAAAUGGGAGGAGCAUCGCAACACCUUAAGUGACAUACCUACCUUAGAACAAUUUCAUAAAUUUUUAAAGGAUCGCGCUGAUGUGUUGGAAUCAUUUAAUCAACAUAAAAUUCAAAACAAGCGUAUCACUUCAUCUCAUGGAGUAUCUGGCCCCAGUAGCAAUAAUAAUUACACUAGGAAUUCUAAGCAAAACAAGGUGUUUUCCUAUGUUACGCAACCGAGCUCUAAUAACAACACUAAUAGGUAUCGCACUCGCUGUAUAGUUUGUAAGGGUAAUCAUUUUAUUUACACUUGCCCUUCCUUUUUGGCCAAAUCCCCUGAACUUAGGAUAGCUGAAGCGCAAAGACUUCAACUUUGCAUGAACUGUCUCCGAUCAACCCAUAAAACCCGGGACUGCUUAGGUGGAACCUGCAGGGAGUGCGGGAAACUCCAUGCCACGAUUCUUCACAGGCCUACAAAUCAAGAACCUGCUACACCUGCACAGGGUUCGAGCGACACAGUCGCAGCUCAGACCGCCGUCGAGGAAAUAAGCGUGAAUAUUUCUAGACAGCCAAUUUCUCACGUUAUACUAUCCACAGUUAGCAUACGGGUUACGAAUCCUAAGAACUCAAAAUCUGAGAUUAUCCGAACACUUCUCGACAGCGGAAGCCAGUCCAGCUUCUUGACACAACGAGUUAAGGAGAGGUUAAAUUUAGAGGCGAUACCUACAGAUAUCAAUAUUAUAGGUAUAGGUAAUAACACAAAUAAUUACGUCACUGAAAGAUGUUUUGUUCAAGUCAGUUCAUUACACAGUGACUACAAUACAAAUUUAUCGUGUUUUAUUAUGCCCGAGUUGACCGGCAACAUACCAAAGGCUUACAUAGAUCGUAAACAAAUAGAUAUACCAAAUCAUAUCCAGCUAGCUGAUCCCAAUUUUUAUAUCUCUGGACCAGUCGAUGCUAUUAUCGGCGCUGACCUAUUUUGGGAGGUCAUAGGGAACAAUAUUCAAUCUUUAGGCAAAAAUAGCCCAUUCAUUUAUAAUUCAAAAUUCGGUUGGGUUAUUUCAGGUCCAAUUUCAUUAAAUAAUAAAAUCAAACAUACACAUUGCAAUUUCGUAUCAAGUAAUUCAUUAGAUGAUCAUUUAGAAAAACAAAUAUCAAAAUUUUGGGAAAUAGAAGAGAUGCCCAAGCGGUCUCUAUUGAGUGACAGCGAGAGGGCAUGUGAGCAGCAUUUUCAGACUCAUAUCACUCGCCUCGAGUCAGGUAGAUUUAGUGUCAGGCUACCUCUGAAGGAUUCACCCUCAGUUUUAGGAGACUCAUUCAGUCAGGCAAAGAAAAGAUUCUUGAAUCUUGAAAGGCGGUUUCGCAAACAACCCCAUUUAAAACAGGCCUACGCUGCCUGUAUAAAUGAAUAUAUAGACCUAGGUCAUUGCUCAGAACUUUCUAGCUUCACACCACGAUCAGGCUACUUCCUGUGUCAUCACCCUAUUUUCAAAAAAAUACAAGAAAAUACAGACAUAUUAUAUUCAAUGCAAAUUCCGCGAUACGUAAUCAGCAAAGAUAAUGUUACAAUCGAACUUCAUUCGUUCAGCGACGCAUCUAUGUUCGGAUACGGGACAUGUAUCUAUGUAAAAACGAUCGACGCGUACGGUAGGUCGAGCGUUCAAUUAUUGUGCGCUAAGUCGAGGGUAGCGCCUAGCGGCAAGCCGAUGACGAUUCCCCGCCUCGAAUUAUCGGCGGCGCUCCUCGCCGCUAAGCUCUGCGCGUCCUGCCUUACGUCUAUACGUGCACGUAUAGCCAAUUGCGUGCACUGGUGCGAUUCAAGUGUUGUAUUCGGCUGGAUUAAAACCAGUCCGACCAAACUAAAAAUGUUUGUCGCGAACAGAGUUGCAGAAAUAUGUGAAAACACACAGAGUUCAUCUUGGCGUUACGUACCUACAAAUUUAAACCCGGCAGAUCUUAUAUCUAGGGGCAUAGACGCCAAUCGUCUACGAGACUCCACGCUUUGGUGGAACGGUCCUGAGUUCCUACUCCAGGAGCAACAUCAUUGGCCUACUUUAAAUUCGAAUAUAGUACAAGAGCUACCGGAAUUAAAAGUGCACUCAAGCAUUAUUGAACCGAAUUUAAUUAUAUUUGAAAAUCAUUCAAAUUUUACAAAAUUAAGUCGUUGCUUUUCGUACGUAUUAAGAUGCAUACACAACUGCACACAUCCGAAUUCAAGGCGUACUGGUAAUUUAACUACUAUAGAAUUAGAUGAAUCAUUCGCAAGGCUUGUUAUAUUUAGUCAGCUGUGUUCCUUUCAAAGAGAAUAUACUUGCCUGGCAAAUAAAUCAACAAUAAAUACAAAGAGCAAGCUCUUAUCACUUUCGCCAUUUCUCGACGAAAAUAAAGUCAUGCGUGUAGGCGGACGGCUCGAUUCAUCUACAUACAGCUACGAAAAGAGACACCCGAUUGUAUUAGACGGGAAACAUCACUUUACCAAAUUAUUAUUUCGCCGCGAGCACUUGCGCCUAUUGCAUGCCGGACCUCAGGCAUUACUUUAUUCGGUCAGAGAAACAGUCUGGCCACUGGGGGGAAGAUGCCUGGCAAGACGCACGGUCCGCGAAUGCGUACUAUGCAGGCGACAUCAAGGUCGAACUUCAAAGUUCGACCUUGAUGUCCCCAUGAUGGGAAAUUUACCAUCACAGCGGGUGAUGCCUGCCUUUCCAUUUCAUAUUGUCGGUAUCGACUUCGCGGGUCCGUUUCAGAUGCUGACUAGAAAGGGUCGAGGUGCAAAAACGAUUAAAUGCUAUUUGUGUUUGUUUAUUUGCUUCCGUUACAAAUGCGUCCACUUAGAAGCCGUAACUGACCUUUCCAAGGAUGCACUAAUUUUAACCAUGCGUCGCAUGAUAUCCAGACGCGGGAAACCAGCCCAGAUUUUCAGUGACAAUGGUCGAAACCUGGUUGCCGCAGCUAGGGAAAUUACAGAAUUUUUGAAAACAAAUCCCGUCAUAUCUGACUUCGCAGCUGACAACCAAAUUAAAUUUUCUUUUUUACCGGCGUACGCCCCUCACUUCGCAGGCUUAUGGGAAGCAGGUAUAAAAUCUGCCAAGCACCAUAUAAAGAGAUACAUAGGAAAUAACAAAUUAACAUUUGAAGAACUGAGUACACUCUUUGCGCAAGUGGAGGCUAUCUUAAAUAGUCGUCCCUUGUAUCCCAUGUCUUCCUCUCCUAACGAUAUGCUCCCUCUAUCCCCAGGGCACUUCUUGAUCGGCCGGCCGCUGACAAGUUUGCCAUCGCCGCAGAUCGAAGACAGCACCAGCACCAGCAGUCUUGACCGCUACGCGAGAAUCGAGAGCAUAAGGCAGCAGUUUUGGCGUCGGUGGCAAAGGGAAUAUAUCAGCGAGCUCCAGCAGCGCACCAAAUGGCGCACUAAUAAGGACAAACUACACGUCGGAGACCUCGUCAUUCUACAAGACGACAACCUCGCUCCACUUCACUGGCGUAUGGGCAGAGUGGUAGGAUUAUUUCCUGGUCCUGAUGGCAUUUCAAGAGUGGCGGAAAUAAAAACCACUAGAGGAGUUGUCAGAAGAGCUUUGACUCGGAUUUGCCGAAAGAAGACUUUCGGAAACUUCAUCUUAAACACCCUCGGUGUUUCAGAAGGGGGAAUCAUGUCGGCGCGCUUUACAACCAUAGUGUAACGUCAAGUACGCAUAUAAUUAAUGUCAAUGUCAGUGAACUUUGCGUCAUCUGUCAAUGUAACUUGUCACACAAAAAUA